AUGGAUCGAUCAAAUAUUCAUCUUCUCGAUUUACCAAAUGAGAUAUUAAUUUAUAUUUUAAAGAAACUUGACAAUAUCGAUGUUCUUUAUUCAUUGUUUGGUAUAAUGAACAAACGACUUAAUGCUCUAACACAAGAAGAAGUUUUUUCCAAUACUCUCAAUUUUGCAUCAAAUAUUCAUGAAACUAGAAUAAUUGAUCGAUUUUGUAAUUAUAUAUUACCUCGAAUUCAUUUUAAUGUCAAAUGUUUGAUUGUUGAAUCUACAUCUAUGGAACGUAUUCUUCUUGCUACUUCUUAUCCAAAUUUGACAGAACUGAAUAUUUCUAAUUUUCAGCGCGAUACUUUAUUACAUUAUUUAACAGACGAUUCAUCUCUACAAUAUAUCUUGAAACAACAGAUCACAAAACUUAGUCUUAUAAAUUAUGAUUGUUACAAUGCAGUAGAAUCAUUAACAGAUUAUACAAAAAAGGUGUAUAUACAUAUAUUGAAUUAUUUGGAAAAUCUUGAAUAUUUAAAUAUUAUUGAAACAUCAAAUAAUAAAUAUCGACCUUUAUCAAUUCGUUAUUUAUCAACAAAUACUUUUUCUUCUUCUAAUCUUACAUACUUAUGUCUUAAUGUGGAAACUUUCGAUGAUUGUCUUGGCUUACUCGAUGGUCGUCUGAAACAACUGACCACAUUUAUUGUUAAAUUUCAUCGAAUGAUUAAAAAUUCGCCAAUAGUUUACAAUUCAGUAAGUGAACUUUACUCCAGUACAAUUUUUGUACAAAUUGCUAAUCAUCUACCUAAAAUGAAAUGUUUUUCUUUAAUAUAUUAUGGUUUAAUUAAAGAAUAUGAUAAUAAAUUUAUAUCUCUUCUUCGUCGUAUGUUAUAUCUGAAAAAAUUAACUUUAUAUUUACGUAUCGGCAUUCAAAAUAGAUUUAUAGAUCCAAUUUAUAUUAUAAAUGAACUUUCCACAUGCAUGUCACAACUUCAAUCAUUCAAAUUUUAUCUUAGUAGUGACAACACUCGAGAUAAUUUAAUUCAUCAUAUGCCUACUAAUAAUAUACAACAAAACUAUAUGAAUAUUGGAUUUAAAGAAAUAUGGAAUAUUGUACAUGUUGCUAAACCAGGUACAUAUCAUAUAUUUACGCCACCGUUUGAGUUUGUCCAACUACACAAUAUUGGCAAUACAUUUCCGAAUAUCAUAUUUAAUUCUGUUACAGAAUUACAUGUAAAUGAUGAUGUUCGAUUUGAACAUGAAUUCUUUCUAAGAAUAGCGAAAGCUUUUCCAUUUCUGAAGCAGUUUUCUGUUAUUAAUUAUGCACCACAAUUACACUUUGAAAACACAUCAUUCGACAAUAUUCAAUUGUAUGAAAUCAUUGAAUAUCCUCGUCUAACUUCACUUGACAUUGAAGGAGUCGAUAUUACUUACACUGAACAAUUUCUAAAUGAAAAUAGGACAUACCUACCUAAUCUCGUUAAAUUAAUUGUUUCACAUGAAAAUUUAAGAAUUACUACAGAAAAUUUUACUAGGGAUCUAACACGACGGAACUGUGCAAAUAUUAAAGAAUUAUCAACGGAACGACAAUUUGUUGGCUCAAAAGAAUAUUACACAUAUUUUCCAUCGUUAUAA